GUUGAUAGAUCAAUUGAAUGGUUCCGAUUUAAGAAAUUUGUUUCGAAAAAUUUAGUGUCAAAAUUAAAAGAUAUUUAAAAUGAAAGCUUUGCUCUACACUUCAGUACAAGUGCUAGUGAUUGCAGUGUUUCUCUUUGUUGCUUUUGAGAACAUCACUGUCGCUUCGAGUGAUAUAUGCCGUUUAUUCCCAACCAAAACAGUAAUACGCGAUCCCGAUUCUUGCAAUCAAUAUAUUACUUGCACAAAUCUGGAAGGUACCUAUACAAAAUGUGCUACUUCUACUCCGUUUUUCGAUAAAGACACGGGUAAAUGUGUGAAAACAUUGCCAGAGAACAGUACAUGUGGCGUAUCGUGUGAGGAAACAGUUGGUUUAUUCCGUGCAGACCCAAAGUCCUGUAAAGGUUACUUCUAUUGUGAAAGUGAAGAGACUGUAUUAUACGGUUCAUGCCCUGAUAAAACACAUUUUGAUGAAGACAGCCAAAAAUGCAUUUAUACGGACUCAUCUGCUUGCAAUAGUCAUCAAUUUGAAUACUGCAGUAUUGUUAAGGAUGGUGUUAAUUUUAAGAUGGAAUCCGGUGGUUGCGAUGAAUAUUAUACUUGCAAAAGUGGUGCACUUCAGAAUAAAACCUGUUCAAAACAGUACUUCGAUGUGCUUUCUGGAAAAUGUGUUGACAAAACAUUAGUUACCUGUAAUGUACAUCCAAUUCCAGAUGGUGCUUGUGGCACCGUAAAAAAACCGAAAAAAAAUGAAUUCAUAUCUGACGAUGCAACAUGUCGUGGUUACUUCUUUUGCGCUGAUAAAGAGGACGGUCCUGAUGAAAAUCCAAUUUGGAGUCAAUGUCCACAAGACAAGUUUUUCAAUGAAAAAACACAAUCUUGUGUGGAUCCAUUAACAGUAAAAUGUACACGCGAUCGAUGCGAUGGACGAACAUUAACUUUUGUGAGUAGUGGUACUAAAGGUUGUCGUAACUACUUGCGCUGCAAAGACGGUGUCAAGCAAUCAGAAUUGAGUUGUAGUAAUUUGUUCUUCGAUGAAGUCAAGGGUGCAUGUGUAAAUAAUAUAAUUUUAUAUGAAUCGUGUAAGAGUUAAAUACUUUAACACAAAUAAAUAAUAAUUUUGAAAGCACA